AUGCAGAAAAAUUGUGAGGUUACGGAAAAUAUUAUGGCAAGCAUCCGCUUCAUUUCCUCGAGUAUCGUCCAGGGUGGAAGCCCCAGGAAAGAAAUUGACAGGAUUGAGCAAACUCCAUGGGAUCUUCAACACCUUUUAGUCGGCUACUUGCAAUGGGGAUUGCUCUUCCAUAAGCCCAAACCGCAAGAGGAGGAACCAGAAAAUGGCUUGAUCCAACACUUGAAAGCCUCCCUUUCACGUACACUAGACUUCUUUGCUCCACUUGCAGGCCGCCUUGCCAGCAUCGAGCACGAUGACAAAACCACUUCUUUUUUCAUUGACUGCAACAAUGCUGGAGCCUUAUUUGUCCAUGCUGUCGCUGAGAAAGCAACCAUUUCUGAUCUCAUUGAACCCGUCUAUGUUCCUACAAUUUUCGACUCGUUUUUCCAAAUGGAUGGGGUUAAGAAUAUCGAGGGUACUUCGAAGCCAUUGCUUGCAGUGCAAGUGACUGAGCUUGUGGAUGGUAUCUUCAUUGCUUGCAGCAUGAACCAUUCUGUUGUCGAUGGCACUUCGUUUUGGCAUUUCUUUAAUUGUUGGUCAGAAGUUUCUCGUGGUUCUGAUCAUUUAUCUAAACCUCCCAUAUUUCAACGUCAGUUUCUUGAUGGUAUAGAUUACCCUAUUCGCAUUCCCAAAACGUUAUAUCUGCAUAUUCAAGAUGAGUUCAUUCCACCACCUUUGCAAGUAAGAGUUUUUCAUCUUGCAAAGCAGGAUAUUGUGAAAAUGAAAACAAAAGCUAAUGCUGAGAUGAACACCAACAAGAUAUCCUCUCUUCAAGCAGUCUUCUCUCAUUUUUGGCAAUCCAUUAUGCGCAAUAGGCAUCUUGACCCCAAUCAAGAGACCAUCAUUUUUUUAGUAAUUGGUCUUAGACAAAAAUUGCCGCAGCUGCCAGAACAAUAUUUUGGAAACGCAGUUCAAAGUGCGAUAGUAACUUUGAAAGCAGGGGAGCUACUCGAGAAGGGACUUGGAAACGCCGCAUGGCAAAUGAAUAAAACUGUUGAUAAUCACACAGAGGAAAAGUUUAUGAACUUUUUGGAGUCCUGGGUAAAUAGUCCUAGGCUAUACCAAACAGGUCAAAUGAUGAACAAUGCUUUGUUAACAGCUAGUUCACCAAGGUUUGAUAUUUAUGGCAAUGAUUUUGGUUGGGGAAGACCGAUUGCAGAGCGAACUGGGGCAGGGAGCAAGUGUGGCGGGGUGUUGGCAGCGUCUUGUGGAGUGGAAGAAGGAAGUAUUCAGAUUAGAGUUUGCCUCUCGCCUGAGACAUUUCAGGCCGUGGAAAAUGAUGAAGAGUUCAUGGCUGCAUUGACCAUAUGA